AACCUAAGGAAGGAAAGAAAGUGAACUACAAGAACAACAACAUUAAAAAAAGAAGAAAAGGAAAACUAAAAAACCGAGCACCACCAUUCUUCAGCUAUGAAGCAGCUGCAAAACCUCCAACAACAACAACAACAAACCUCAUCUUCUUCAUCUAUGUCGUCAUCUUCAUCGGAAGCUGUUUCUCUCUCCUCCCUCCCUUCCACCACCGUGUCCGCCGCCGAUCCUCCGGCGGCGAUGUCAUCUUCAGAGGAUUUAUCUGCGCCUUCCACCGCAACCGGCGGACAAGAAUCAAUCGUCGUUGAACGCCGCGGCGAUUUCUCCGCAAUUUGUCGUUGGACCGUCGCUAAUUUCCCCAAAAUUAAAGCUAGGGCACUUUGGAGCAAGUAUUUUGAGGUAGGAGGUUUUGAUUGCCGUCUUCUUGUUUAUCCCAAAGGUGAUUCUCAAGCUUUACCUGGUUAUAUUUCUGUUUAUCUGCAAAUUGUGGACCCUACUAAAUCGCCUUCAAAUUCGUCUAGAUGGGAGUGUUUUACUAGUUAUCGAUUAUCGCUUGUUAAUUUGGUGGAUGAUUCCAAAACUAUACAUAGGGAUUCUUGGCAUAGGUUUAGUAGCAAAAAGAAAUCGCACGGGUGGUGUGAUUUUACGCCGUCAAAUUGUGUGCUUGAUUCGAAAGGGGGGUUUGUGUUUAAUGGGGAUUCUAUUUUGAUAAUGGCUGAUAUUUUGAUACUUAAUGAGAGUGUUAGUUUUACUAGGGAUAAUAGUAAUAGUGAGGUGCAAUGUGGGGUUGGAAGUGGAGGCGGCGUAGGAGGGGGAGGAGGAGGGGCAAUUUCCGGGGUGGGGAAUGCAGGGUCGUCUUUGUCUGAUGUUCUGAGUGGGAAGUUUACUUGGAAAGUUCAUAAUUUUAGUUUGUUUAAGGAAAUGAUUAAGACACAGAAGAUUAUGAGCCCUGUGUUUCCUGCUGGGGAGUGCAAUUUGAGGAUUAGUGUGUACCAGAGCUCGGUGAAUGGGGUGGAGCAUUUGUCCAUGUGUUUGGAAAGUAAGGACACGGAAAAGAGUAGUGGGACAACGGUUUUACUGUCAGAGAGGAGUUGUUGGUGCUUAUUUAGGAUGUCAGUAUUGAAUCAGAAACAGGGUUUGAAUCAUAUGCAGAGGGACUCAUAUGGGAGGUUUGCAGCAGAUAAUAAGAGCGGGGAUAAUACAAGUUUGGGAUGGAAUGAUUAUAUGAAGAUGUCGGAUUUUGUUGGUCUUGAUACGGGGUUUUUGGUGAAUGAUACUGCGGUUUUUAGCACAUCGUUCCACGUUAUUAAGGAGUUCAGUAGUUUUUCUAAGAACGGGAUUGCCCUAGGAGUGAGGGCGGGGAGUGGUGGUUCGAGGAAGUCAGAUAGCCAUAGUGGGAAGUUCACUUGGAGGAUUGAUAAUUUUACCAGGUUGAAGGACCUUCUGAAGAAAAGGAAGAUAACUGGGCUCUGCAUUAAGAGCAGGAGAUUUCAGAUUGGCAAUCGGGACUGUCGACUUAUUGUUUAUCCCCGAGGGCAGUCCCAGCCUCCGUGUCACCUCUCUGUAUUUCUCGAGGUUACAGAUUCACGAAAUACCUCAAGUGAUUGGAGUUGCUUUGUUAGUCAUAGACUGUCAGUUGUGAACCAGAAGAUAGAGGAGAAAUCUGUGACGAAAGAAUCCCAAAAUCGCUACUCCAAAGCUGCUAAGGAUUGGGGCUGGCGUGAAUUUGUUACACUUACUAGCCUGUUUGAUCAAGACUCAGGGUUCCUUGUGCAGGAUAGUGUCAUUUUCUCAGCAGAGGUUCUUAUAUUGAAGGAAACCUCCAUCAUGGAGGACUUCUCCGAGAACGGUUCUGAGACUGAUAACACUGAAAAGAAAAGUUCGUUUACCUGGAAAGUUGAAAACUUUUUGUCCUUCAAGGAAAUAAUGGAGACCCGGAAAAUUUUCAGCAAAUUCUUUCAGGCCGGUGGAUGCGAGCUACGUAUUGGUGUAUAUGAGUCCUUUGACACCAUUUGCAUAUAUCUGGAGAGUGAUCAAUCAGCUGGAACUGACCCUGAUAAGAAUUUUUGGGUUAGAUACAGGAUGGCUGUGGUAAAUCAGAAGAAUCCUGUCAAGACCGUUUGGAAGGAAUCCUCUAUCUGUACGAAAACUUGGAACAAUUCUGUUCUCCAGUUCAUGAAGGUUUCUGACAUGCUAGAACCAGAUGCUGGGUUUCUUUUGCGAGAUACUGUGGUUUUUGUUUGUGAAAUCUUGGAUUGCUGUCCUUGGUUUGAGUUCUCUGACUUGGAGGUUCUUGCCUCUGAGGAUGAUCAGGACGCUCUGACAACUGACCCUGAUGAACUGAUAGACUCUGAAGACAGUGAAGGAAUAGGUGGUGAUGAAGAGGACAUAUUCAGAAAGCUCCUCUCUAGAGCAGGGUUUCAUCUUACAUAUGGAGACAAUCCUUCACAACCACAAGUCACUUUAAGAGAGAAGCUUUUGAUGGACGCUGGUGCUAUAGCUGGUUUUUUGACUGGGCUUCGUGUCUAUCUUGAUGACCCUGCCAAAGUGAAGCGCUUACUCCUUCCUACCAAGCUUUCUGGCUCUAAUGAUGGGAAGAAGGUCUCCAAGUCUGAGGAAUCAUCCCCGAGUUUAAUGAAUUUGUUGAUGGGAGUGAAAGUAUUACAGCAGGCAAUUAUCGAUUUACUCUUGGAUAUAAUGGUCGAAUGUUGCCAGCCUUCAGAAGAAAUCCCUAAUGAUGAUGUGUGUGAUGCAAACUCAAAGGCUACUCCAAUUGGUAAUGGAGCUAGCUCCCCUCUUCACUUGGAAAGGGAAAGUGGAGCAACAGAGCAAAUGGAACACCCGAUAUUUGAGAGAUUGGAUUCUGGAGUCAGUGGAUGUGUCAAUGGUGCUGCUGUUCAAAGCACGAGGACAAACACAGGUAUAGGCACUACUGACGCUGAUGUGCUUGAAAAGGUUAUUCCUGAGCAGCUUGCACAUCCACCAGAAAGUUCUGCUCGAGGACCGUCUGAAACAGCUUCUCUCCGGUCAAAGACUAAGUGGCCGGAGCAAUCUGAGGAGCUGUUAGGAUUGAUUGUAAAUUCUCUGAGAGCACUGGAUGGAGCUGUUCCCCAAGGUUGUCCAGAGCCGAGACGAAGGCCUCAAUCUGCGCAAAAGAUUGCUCUUGUUUUGGAUAAAGCUCCUAAGCAUUUACAGCCGGACCUUGUCGCUUUAGUGCCCAAAUUAGUUGAGCAUUCUGAGCAUCCUCUUGCAGCUUCUGCGCUUCUUGAAAGGCUCCAGAAGACUGAUGUAGAACCGGAGUUGAGACUACCUGUUUUUGGUGCUUUAAGUCAAUUGGAGUGCAGCAGCGAGGUCUGGGAACGUGUAUUGUUUCAGUCUUUUGCACUUCUGGCAGAUUCAAAUGAUGAACCUCUGGCAGCAACAAUAAAUUUCAUACUGAAAGCUGCAACUCAUUGCCAGCAUCUUCCAGAAGCUGUUAGGUCUCUCCGUGUAAGGUUAAAACAACUGGGGCCAGAUAUUUCUCCGUGUGUUCUUGACUUUCUAACUAGGACUGUACAUAGUUGGGCUGAUGUUUCGGAAGCUAUACUUAAAGAUAUUGAUUCUGAUGAUGAUUGUGGUGUAAAUUGUUCGUCAUUGCCUAACGGAGUGUUCUUUUUUGGCGAAAAUGGCCCCCCGUCUGAAAUAUUAAAUGUGAUGAAUGAGCGUUCAAUCUGUGGUAGUAGUCAUUUUUCUGAUAUCUACCUCCUGAUUGAAAUGUUAUCCAUACCUUGCCUAGCUGUUGAUGCUUCUCAAACCUUUGAGAGAGCUGUAUCUCGAGGGGCCAUUAUGGCUCCAUCUGUAGCGAUGGUCUUAGAGAGACGGCAUUCUCAGAGUUCUGGAUACAAUGCAAAAUUUCUUGCCGAAGCAUUGCAGCAUACGGAUACAGUGGUAGAGGGAGAGAUCGAUGAGCAGCUAAGAGCCACCCAAGAUGACUUUACUACACUUCUUGGUCUGGCAGAGACGUUGGCACUAUCCGAAGAUCCUCGUGUAAAAGGGUUUGUAAAGUUGCUUUAUACUAUCUUAUUUAAAUGGUAUGCUGAUGAUUCCUGUCGUGGGAGGAUGCUGAAGAGAUUGGUUGAUCGUGCUACCUGUAGUACGGAUAUCACUCGAGAAUUAGAUUUUGAUAUGGAACUUCUGGUACUUCUUGUUUGUGAGGAGCAAGAAAUCAUAAAACCAGUUCUUAGCAUGAUUCGUGAGGUGGCUGAACUUGCAAAUGUUGAUCGUGCAGCACUUUGGCAUCAGCUAUGUUCUAGUGAAGAAGAAAUCGUCAGGCUUCGUGAAGAAUGGAAGUCAGAUAUGUCUAAUUUGGUUCAAGAGAAAGCUCUGGUAUCGCAGAAGCUUAGUGAUUCUGAAUCUGCAAAUAGUCGUCUUAAGUCUGAAAUGAAGGCUGAGAUGGAACGUUUUGCUCGGGAAAAGAAGGAACUUACAGAACAAAUACAAGAUGUUGAAAGUCAGCUUGAUUGGCAUCGUGCAGAGCGAGACGAGGAGAUCACAAAGCUAACUGCUGAUAAGAGGUCACUGCAGGAUCGUCUUCAUGAUGCAGAGGUGCAACUAGCUCAAUUGAAGUCCAGGAAACGUGAUGAGCUAAAGAGAAUAGUGAAAGAGAAAAAUACUCUUGCUGAGCGUUUAAAAAACGCCGAAGCGGCAAGGAAAAGAUUUGAUGAAGAGUUGAAACGAUAUGCUACGGAAAAUGUUACAAGAGAGGAGAUUAGGAAGUCUUUGGAGGAUGAAGUGCGAAGGCUAACACAAACAGUUGGGCAAACUGAAGGGGAGAAGCGAGAGAAGGAGGAGCAAGUUACUCGUUGUGAAGCAUACAUCGAUGGAAUGGAGUCAAAAUUGCAGGCUUGUCAGCAAUACAUCCAUACACUCGAGGCUUCACUCCAGGAAGAAAUGUCACGACAUGCUCCUCUGUAUGGCGCUGGGUUGGAAGCUCUUUCAAUGAAGGAGCUUGAAACCUUGUCCGGCAUUCACGAAGCAGGUUUAAGGCAAAUCCGCGCCCUCCAACAACAACGCAAUGGCUCUCCUGCUGCUGGUAGUCCUCUUAUUAGCUCACAUGCCCUUUCACAUACUCAUCCAUUAUACACUAAUGCAAUUCCACAUGCUGCACCACCUCCUCCAUCAAUGGCUGUCAAUUUGCCACCUAAUCUCAUCGUAAAUGGUGCCGGGAUUCACGGCAACGGCCACAUGAAUGGUGCAGUGGGACCCUGGUUCAAGCAUUCUUAAAAAUAGAGCUGAGAUAUUAUUGGCGGUUCAAAGCGCAGCUUCCUCGCUGGCCCUCUGACUUAGGUUAUAAUCUAGGAAAAGAAAGGGGGGGUCUUGUUCAUUUUUUGGGGGGUUGAUACUGAUUAUGCCUCAUCUUUGGCAUUCACCCGGUUGCACUUACAGAGAGGAUCUAAGGGAUACAUAUAUAGGGUAUUUUGAGGAUGGAUGGAGAAAUGUGGGGAUAAGUUUUUGUUUUUGCAAGUGAGAAGGGAGUGUGUCUCUGAAACUAGCAGUUGCAAAUACCUGCAUUCAUCCUUUUUUUUUACCUCAAAAGGUUAAUUUUAAAAAGCUUCAAAAGUUUUGGCAA